AUAAAGAAAAACUCUUAGAACAACAUAUUACACUACUAUGCCGCGUUAGUCCAGUAGUUAGCCUGUGUGGCUUCGGAUCAUGAGGUUCAAGGUUCGAAUCCUGGGUCGGGCUAUGAGAUACUGAGCUUUUCUUACUUCCAAUGAAAUUUCAGUUAAAAUUCUCAGCAUGGAAUUAGGAUUUUGGUGUUGCGUCGACGUUAAGCCAACAGCAAUGGCUUCCGCACUAUAGAUUAAAAAUGCCCUGUCUACUCUAAAAACUCAUUACGAACUAAAACUGCAUACCGUAGUUAAAAACCUUAUGCACGCCACAGGCCAUCGGUCCCGGGCAUUAUCAUUAACAUCUGUUAGUGGUCGUUAUGGAAUUUACUUACCCUAAGCCCGCCUAUUUGCUAUCGACAGGUCACGUGAUCAAGAUCUGUUAUUUCCAUACAUUUUUCUAGUUUUCCAAGCGUUUGCGAUCGUAGAAAGAGAAUCGACGUGCCACUUGGCUACAGGGGCUGUUUUGAUAAGAUUGUCUUCGCCUUACUAAAACAUGACGUGACUUUACUAGGACCGCCUGACGGACAGCGUCGGACAAUGGACUAUAUUUGACAACUUUCGUCCUAAUAAAGCAAAUUAUUAAAAAAAAAAAUUCUUUACUUGAGGACUGGCUAAAUGUAAAAAAGCCUUAACGAAAAAAAACCUCAGCUUUCACAAGUUUUUACAACAAUCAAGUGUUUAGGGCAAAUCACACGAAAUUAUCUUGACUUACUUAUAAUAAAUCUGUAGAGAGGUCAAUUCUGUACAUGAAAUAUAUUUCUAAAAUAACUAUCAGGGGGUGAUUAGUGAUCAAUACUGAUGCCAAAAAUGCAAUCAGUAAAAUUUUUGUCCGUCUGUCUGUUCGUUAUAGAAACAAAAACUACUCGACGGAUUUUAACUAAACUUGGUACACUUAUUCUUCAUACUCCUGGGCAGGUCUAUAGGAGCAGAGCAGUGAAGGGAAAUGUUGGGAAAACGGGAGAAAUUACUGCAUUUUUUACAGCUAUUAGGAGCAGAGCAGUGAAGGGAAAUGUUGGGAAAACGGGAGGAGUUACUUCAAUUUUACAGCGAUACUACUGUGAGGGCUUGAUUAAAGAGGUCUAAAGACGGACGAAGUCGCGGGCAUCCGCUAGUUCCUAAUUAUGUAUUCUGUGCCUACACUUAUCAAUCAUAAUAUCUGACAUGUUCAUAUACAGAAAUGUAAAACAAUAGUUGUUUAGUGUAAAUAAAAAAAUAAUCCUAUAGUUAAAAACGCUGUUAUUCGAAUCGAUCGAGUUACCUAAUUAAAAAUAACUUCAUAAAUUAUGAAUUAUAUGUGUUAAUCUUAUACUUAUCUAGUAUUAAUAUUAAUAUUGCGUAUGUAUUAUAUAAUAUCAUUUAUUGAUAUACGAGUAUGUGUCAUUUUAAAAUUGUAAAUACCGCAAAUGCUUCAAUAGGGAUUAAACAUAUCUUAUGAUACUCACAAAUAAAGUGUCUCUCUAAUAGCAACUUUUCAAAAUCGGUUUAGUAGAUCCAGACCCCCUACAAUACCACAAACUUUACCUCUUUAUAAUAUCAAUAUGGAUAUCAAACAUAGACAAGUAGGUUAGGUACCUACUAUUAAUAAAAAACUUAAUAUCAGCCACUCAACAUCACAGAUCAAGUAAUCUAACAUGCCUGCAGUGCUAACGGCUUGACAGUCGAUAAAACUAAUCGUGUGUUGGUCGCGUUUGGCACACUGUCAUGCACAUCGCUACCAACACACGAUCAGUUUUAUUAGUUUUCAAAUCGUUAGCGCUGAAGGAAUGUGAGAUUACUUGAUCGUCAGUGGCUGACGUAAAGUAUUUUUAUUAACGGUAUGUACUACUUAGGUCAGUGGCUGACAUAUAAUAGCUUACUACGGGACACGGGCAUUUUGAGUUUAAUAAAUCCUUUACGCAGAUCUUGUUGGUUUUAGCUGGCGGUCUUGUUAACAAUAUUAAUUUAAGCAGUUUUAUUAAAUAGCAACGUAUUGUCAGCCACUAACGAACAACUAAUCUCACAUGUCUGCAGCGCUAUCUUAAUUUAUCUCGUCAAGCUGUUAGUGCUGCAGGCAUGUGAGAUUACUUGAUCGUCAGUGGCUGACAUAAUUUCGGCGCGAUGAAACCGCGCGCCGAAUUGGUGAAGGUCACAACUUCGUUUGAAUGGCAGUAGGAACCGUCGAUAAUAGGAACAGUAUCAGCCAGUGCUAACGGACUCUUUAUCAUUAUAAACAAAUCUGACUGGACGUGCGCUGAAUACUUAAUCGCUGUCAUAGACGUAAUAAAAAGUUCAGACACCAUCACCAGCUGGCCUAUUUCCUAUUAUGGUUUUUAUUAUCAACCCAUCAAAAUUAAAAAAAACACAAAUUGACAAAAUGUCAUCCACAUACUAUCAUACAAAGUACAAAUGUCAUCUGGUACUUACGGUGUAUAACAUAUAGUAUGUAGAUAACACUUUGUUGUCCACUUCAAUAAGUUGAUAAUAAAGACCAAAAUAGUGAAUUAGGCCACUGAACUAAAAACUGACGUUAAUAUGUACCUAUACGUACACACCGACACGCUGACAGAUGCACACAUGAAGACUGAGCGCUGUUCUAUAUACUUCAUACUCACACAUACAUACCUAUUCUGCGCCAUUAUGGUUAUGUUUUAUUAAAAAAAAAAAGAUCAUUUGCCAUAUAUUUUUUAAUAUGACCAAUAUUCCCAUUCCCUCCAACUAGUCGGGAAAGACUGUGUUAGAAGUGGGUACGACAAUAGACCAACGGGGCGGGGAUCUGUUACAUCCCUAAAUUCUAUAUUCAUAGUGCAGAGCUGUGACACAGAUAUAAAUGUUCUGUCAGCAAUAUAUAUGCUUUAUAAACCGUAGCUCUGCCUCUAAACAUUCAGUCGUUCUGGUGAUUAGCCGAAUUGCUGUCCAGCUACGGACCUGGUUUAUGCCCGCCGGUCUGGACUAAGUAACAAGGCUAAGCCCCUGGUAAUACUAGCCGCCUAUAGACCCUUUGCAGGUCCUCGCGAGUCGCGAAACAUAGUGAUCCGAAGUAAUAGAGCUUGUUGUCGAACUAUAGUUAAAUUAUAAAUAAUAAAGUUCAGUUUUAGUUAAUAAAGUGUUUUUUUUUAUAAACACCGAUAAGCCGAAACUAACAUUUGGUGUCAGAAGAAAGCGGGAUUUAUUCCUGUUGGACGCCUACUCCUGACGACGUCCAGAAACUAUAGUUCUCCGAGCCAAGCUGCCUGCCCUGCUGCCGUACCUGAUCUCUCUGACAGACGGAUAGUCAGACUCCCAGCUACUCCGACAAUAAGACCACAUCGUGCCAUACCCUGUCGUUCCCGAGGGUUCACUGCCCAGCCGAGAGGUGCUGCCACGCGGUCCAGACUCCUGAAACAUCACCUACAUCGCGACGAGGCGUGCGGGAUUGCACGCGCGACCCAGAUCGACUCACCCGGCGUUGCAACACACUGCGCCGCUGCUCCGAUUAAUUCGCCGACUCAUCAAUGACACCGAUUCUUGUACUACUGGUCAUCGCGCCAGGCACCAUCGCCACAACCGAGUUAAUAACGCCAAUAGUCGAUAGCCCAGGUCUAUAUUUCGAUAAUCUAGGAAUCUUAAAAUACUACAAUAACUUCUGGAAUAUUAUUACAUUUACUGACUUAUCUUACAUAAAACCUCAUGUAGAAAACAUUAAAAAUGUUAUAUAUACCGUAAAAGAAACUUGCCAUAGUUAUAAAUCUGCUAAAAUACAGUCCGAUUGCUCUAACACACUUAGUCCUUUAGAAAUACUUCUAAAAAAUGUUGAAAAUAAUUAUCAAUCUCUAUCUCAUCUUACGCAGGAAAAAGGUCGUUCUAAAAGGUCUUCAUGGUUCGGUUUUGGUGGACCCAUACUUAAACAACUAUUUGGAUCCCUAGAUGAAGACGAUGCUCAAAUAUUUACUAAUGCUAUAAAUGCAAUUCAAGAUGACCAGAGACAUCUUGCAUCUUUAAUGAAAGAAAAUAUUCAUGUUAUCUCUUCUACUAUUAGUACAUUUAACAAUACUAUUCAGAAACUAAAUGAAAAUGAGCAAAUACUUAACAGUAACAUAGGAAAAUUAGAUAAAAUCCUAGAUAACGUUUUGCAAACUACAAAUAAAUUAGAAGCGUCAUCACAUCUCACAAUGACCUUUAGUGCUUUAGAAAGCUCAUUAAUGACUUUAAAUUUUAACCUCAAGGAUAUCAUUGACGCAAUCCUAUUCGGUAAACAAAACAUUGUCCAUCCCUCUAUACUAUCUCCUAUGCAACUUUAUAAUGAAUUAAACUCUAAUAAAAAUAAAGUUCCCCAAAAUUUUCCCUUACCCUUGAAUUUAGAAAAUAUGCACAUACUUUUGGAUAUAUCCCAAAUUUCUAGUUUCAUCACUGACUCUAAAAUAGUAUUUGUUGUUAAAAUUCCUCUUGUUCUCUUACAAGAAUAUAAUUUGUACCAUGUCUAUGCCCUUCCUACUGCUCAUGAUAUCAAUAACCCACAUUCCUUUGCUAUGAUCAACCCUACUGCUAAAUUUUUGGCAAUAACAGACGAUAAAUUACUGUAUUCAAUGACAGACUCGAUCAGUGAUUGCAAAACUCUAACAAAUAACUAUCGCCUGUGCAAAUUAGGCAAUGUGCAUUCUAGUGUCGCAAAUCCUACGUGUGAAGUGCAAAUCCUAAGUGCUUACAUAAAUAAAAUACCGGACACAUGUGAUUAUAAAAACGUAGUUAGUGAUAUUGACGUUUGGCAAACGAUUAGUAAUAAUAAAUGGAUAUAUGUUCAAUCCAACAUAGCUAAGCUCUCGGUUAAGUGUAACAAUAGUAUUAACGACUAUGACAUAAUUGGAACAGGAAUUCUCAAGCUUCCAAAAGGAUGCACAGCUUUUCAUAAACUCUUGCAAUUCUCUCCUUCAGUAGAAUACGAAACUGCAUUGUAUAUGCCUACUCCUAACUUUAACAUUAUAAAUGACGAUUGCUGUUCCAGAAAGAAAAUAAAUUCUACGCUUCCAUAUCUAACACCAAUUAAAUUAUCUCAUAUAAACUUAGAUUCUUUGCAUUACGUUACACAUAGAUUAAAUCAAGUUAACGAUGAAAUUGAAAAGAUUGAAAACCAACCCUACCAUAUUAAAUAUGGAAGUUAUUUCAGUGUUUGUACAACUCUCGUAUCUUUAAUCGUAUUAUGCUAUAUUUCUUUCAAAAUGUAUAAAAAAUGUUGUAAUCGAAGAAAGCGUAAUAAUAGUUUAGAUUCUAGUUCUGGUUGCUGUAUUCAGAUUUUUAAUAGCUGCUAUACUAAACCUAAUCAAAAUAUACAAGCUAUUAAUACUAGUUCCGAUUAUGAAACACAUAAUAGAGCAUUCGAAUCCAAUAGUAGCUCAGAGAACUCUCCUACUUUCCUAAGGAGAAAUUUACAUUGAAAUGUUAUGUUUAGUACUUUUCCAUAAUUACUAUUAUACUAAUACUGUUACUAAAUUAUUAAAUGCCAUUUCAUGUUUGGUUUAUACUAUUACAUAAGUCUACUAUAUACUAUUUGCUAUUUUAAUACACUGGUUCUUUUGUAAUAAUAAGAAAAUGUUAUUUUGUAAGUUUUUUAUUUUCUAUUUCUUUGUGAUUGUAUAAUCUUAAAUAUUAUUACCUAUGUAGGAAAAGAAAAAAUAUGAUUAUGUUAUUCCUAAUUUUCAUUUCUAUUUCUUCUAUUGUAAUACUUGGAUCACUAUUGUAAUAUUCUACUCACAUCUUACUUACUAUGAUGCUUCGUCUUAAAGAGGGGAGGUGUUACAUCCCUAAAUUCUAUAUUCAUAGUGCAGAGCUGUGACACAGAUAUAAAUGUUCUGUCAGCAAUAUAUAUGCUUUAUAAACCGUAGCUCUGCCUCUAAACAUUCAGUCGUUCUGGUGAUUAGCCGAAUUGCUGUCCAGCUACGGACCUGGUUUAUGCCCGCCGGUCUGGACUAAGUAACAAGGCUAAGCCCCUGGUAAUACUAGCCGCCUAUAGACCCUUUGCAGGUCCUCGCGAGUCGCGAAACAUAGUGAUCCGAAGUAAUAGAGCUUGUUGUCGAACUAUAGUUAAAUUAUAAAUAAUAAAGUUCAGUUUUAGUUAAUAAAGUGUUUUUUUUUAUAAACACCGAUAAGCCGAAACUAACAGAUCGAACUACCGCCCCUCGGUGAUGUGUCCGACCGCUCUUACCGUUGAGCUAUUAAAGCUUUUUUUAUUGAGGUUUGAGAGCGAGAUGCCGUCUGCCUAUUAAAAUAGUCUAUGAUCGCUAAACACAAAUCGCCGAUAGCAACAGGAACGAGACUGUAACGUUAAUCUGUAAUUAUGAUUUAAAACUCAACACUGAGCUUCGAAUAGCUUAGCUUUCCCUAUCUAACAUUAUACCUACUAAAUAUAAAAUAUAUAAAGACGAAUUGGAAGCUUACAACUGUCGGCUUAGGAAAACGUUAACCGAAUAUCACUACUGGCUCCAUGAUUGCCGAUAAUAUUCAAGGACAUGCAUAGCCAAUAGGUACUGACGAGCUUAUCAUUACUAAGUUGUAUUAACAUAACAAUGAAAAAAAGGACACUGCUAGCUGAUGACAAUAAGAAUGAGUAGUUCCAAUAUUGCCGAUAUUAGAAACAGCAGCCCCCUUAGCCAAGUGGCUACGUCGAUUCUCUUUCUACGAUCGCUAACGCUUCGAAAACUAGAAAAAUUUAUGGGAAUGACAGAUCGAUAGCAAAUGUCAUCCCCAUACAUCUUACAUAGUUUACGCUUGCGAAUGAAAUGAAAAUGAAACAGAACAAUAGAGAUGAUGACAAGGACAAGAAGACAUUCGGGUACUUAAGGCCAAUAUUAACUAUUUAGAUGGAAAUGUAGGUAUACAUUUUUAGCUUGUUUACAUUCAAUGUGACAUUUUUUAUAAUAUGAAGUUUAUACGCAUCUAUAUAAGAUAUUUGUAAUUUUCUUUGAACGCCCGUACUUUAAAAUCUCUCUCAGCGACGAAGUCAUUCUUUCGUAUCAUUUAAUAUGCAGCAUUUUUAGCGAUAUAUUACAGCGCUGCAAAAUUGAGCCUUUAAAUCUCAGUAGCUCCGGAAGAAACGAUCGCUGAUACCCUGUUACUUCUACAAUUUUUUUUUUUUGGACAUUAUCUUAGCAUAACAAUAAUAUAUUAUAAGUUUAGGUUAAAGUUAAAUCACUAAAAUCCAUAUUCAUUAGAUGGGCCCCAGAAAAUCUAAAAAGGUAGAUUACUUGAGCUCAUUGGCACGUGGGCUGGGCGGGAGCUCCAGCCGUAGGCCUGAGUUAUUUUGUUAGCCCUGUCACCCUAUACCUAGUUACGGCACUGGCGUGCUUGUUAUGAUU